GGAAGAAGAGCGUAAUCUCUAUGACUACACAGCUUUCCAGAGGGUUAAGCCUCUCAGUUCCUCAUUCACCUCUUCCUAUUGGCUGGCACUGGUCCUGCCUCAGAGCCUUUUAGUGUGUGAUCCCUGGAACGUGUCAUUAUUCCUGAGUGCUACAGAGGUGGAGAGAGAUAACCAGGACUGUGCUGCCUUCUGCUGCCACAUACCACAGGCUGCUGAGGUUGCUGCGCUGCCCCAGAAUGGGGGCGAAAUUUGGGCUGUCGUGGCUUCUGCCUUGUUUCCUGGCUGCUCUAGUGCAGGCACAGAAGGAAAAUGACCAGAAGUCGGUUGACUGCUACAGCUCUGUGCCGGGAACAGUCUAUGACUACGGAGCACUCACUCUAGACAGCAGUGAGUUUGUCCCCUUCAAGCAGUACCAGGGAAAGACGCUGCUGUUUGUGAACGUGGCGACGUACUGAGGGCUCACCAUGCAGUACCUAGAACUGAAUGCACUACAAGAAGAAAUGAGAUCUAGUGGGCUUGUCAUCUUGGGAUUUCCUUGCAACCAGUUUGGUCUACAAGAACCUGGGUCCAAUGAAGAAAUUCCCCUGGGACUGAAAUAUGUACGUCCUGGUGGCGGCUUCACUCCAAAUUUCCAACUGUUUGAAAAAGGAGACGUCAAUGGGAAGAAGGAGCAGAAAGUAUACACAUUUUUGAAGAACUCCUGCCCACCCGUGGGUGAUAUUUUAGGCAGUGCACUAAAUCGUCUCUUUUGGGAACCCAUCAAAGUGAACGACAUCAAGUGGAACUUUGAGAAGUUUCUUGUGGGACCCGAUGGGCGUCCAUUGAAACGUUGGCAUCCCCGCACGCCGGUCACGCAAGUCAAGAGAGAUGUGAUUAACUACUUCAAAUCACAGUCAGGACUUCAAGGGAUCAUCAUGAUGAGCAGAGACCAGAAGUAGUCUCUCGCUGAUACAAUCGUGCUUAACGUCACCAUGCUUGUUUAUAUCAUUUUUGUGCUUUUUUGUGCCAAGUCGAGUAGUUGGCAGGAGACUGUAGGUAGCCUGGAGAUACCAUCUGUGUGAAAGAUAGGUCCUAAAGCACAACCAGUGUUGGACCUACCUGGAAGCCAGAAUUUUGGUAGGUUGCUGUUAAGUGCAUUCCGGCAACUCUACCGUUCUGGGAUGGACUCUACCUACCUGGGGUCUUCUGCUUUCUGCUUGUUCUAGAGUGAAGCUUUAUCUAUGCCAGUACUCAAUAAACACUGUCUAUUUUUAAACAGC